AGGGAAAAUCCAGCUUUUCUUUAUUAAAAUGCGUGUUCGUGAGUGAAUAUUCUUGGACAGACGUAAUUAUUUCCGACUUGUCGUAUCGGUCAGAUCAGUAUAAAAGUGAAGACUGCAAAUCGAUUUCCGAACAGUCGAUCGUCGAUGUUACUUGAGAAACGUUCUAUCGUAUAAAUAAAUUUCCGUGUAAAUUUAUUAUAUUCGAUAUAACAAGAUGUAUCGUGUCAUUAUUUCUACAACUUUGAUUGUAUUCGUAGUACUAUCAAACACCAUAGCCUUUCCUCAAAAUGACUUGAACCUCGAUGAUGUUUCUCGAGUAGAUGGUUUCGUUUUCGAUGGUCCUGUUGAUAGACCGUCCUUGUCGACUCAACGUCCUGUCAUUAAUAACAUGAUAGAUCCUAUGACAACGACGGGAGCGACACCUGUAUCUAUCACUCCAGGAUCCGAAGCUUAUGAAAAUUGCAUUAAUUCAUGUUUGGUUACUCAAGAAUAUAAUCCUGUAUGUGGAACAGACAACAUCAGCUAUGAAAAUCCAGGAAAAUUAAACUGUGCAGUUGGCUGUGGCAAAAAGAUAAGCCUGGUUUCCUAUGGACGUUGUAGUGCCGACGGGAGCAGAGGUUAAUGGGCUAUUGCUAGAGAUUGAUAACACUGAUUUAUUAUAAGAUCGAAAUAAUCUAUUGUGGAAGACUGUUUAGCGGUAUAUAUUUUAUAAUAUUUUCUACUUCUUUCUUUUUAUCAACACACCUUUUUUAAUAGGUUAAUAAAUAUAAAAAGCAGAGA